ACCAAUAACAACAGAACAAGUAUAUCAACAGCAUCAUUACUAUAAUCAACACAUGCAACAACAUUCUUCCGAAUCUCAUCAGCACAAUCUCCAGACGCAACAUUUGGACCAUGUGCAACAACGUCAACCUGAUCACCAUCCUGUACAGAUUAAGUAUGAAAGCGAGUCCCCAAUUUUAAGACCUGUUGAUUGGUACCCGCAUUCACAACAAAAUUAUGUGCAGGGUAACCCACAUGUUGGUGGACAUACUUACAAUCAACCAAUUAGCGGACAACCACCCCAUGAAUAUCAUCAUGAAAGUAGUGGAAUGAAUCUAACACGUCAUGGUGAAGGCUAUGGCCGGGGCGGUGGUCAACAACGUAAUUGA